AUGCAGGUGCGCUUUCAGUCCGAUUCCGUACUGCAGGGACUCUGGUCCUUGGUUCCCAACGGCCGCAUGGGCUGGGUUGUCACCUUAUUUGGAGUCCUGGCGGUGCUGUCCGUCUUCCCCAGCCACACUGGCGCCAUCGUGCACGCGCAGAAGGAUGCCCAAGCAGGGGGAUCUGGGAAGCUGCGGACUGGAAUAGAUUGGGACAAGGAGAACAAGCUCCCGCCCUGGAUGAGCUCCAUCACCGAGGGUGCCAGCCAAGCCAUCGCCGUGGUGCUGGGCCAGUCCUUAAAACCCGAUGGCUCGGCUCCCCAAGUCUUGCUGGACCGAGCCGCGAUGGCUCGGAAGCUGCUCCAAGAAGGGGCUGUCAUGAAAGUGGUGGUGUCUGGUGGAGAUCCCGCAAACGUGGGUCAUACCGAGGCCUCGAUGUUUGCGAAGGUCCUGGUAAGAGAGGGCAUUCCGGAGGAAGCUAUAAUUACUGAGUCGCAGGCCACGACUACGGCCGAGAAUGCUUGGUUUUUGCUGCGCUGGAUCCCCAAGGGGACUGGCCGAUUGUUUAUCAUCACGUCGGACUUCCACAUGCCACGGGCCACUUACAUAUUCAAGGCGGUUCUCAACCAUUUUUACAUGAUGCUGGAGGAGAGGUACAAGAAGGACAAGCAAGUCCAAGAGGUAUCCCCGGCUCGAGCUUGUGCAGGCUGUGUUGGGUGGGGGGAGAUUGUCCGAAAGUCCCGGCUUCUGGACUCUGAGGACAUCAACGACUUCUCGCUGGCGAAGCGUGCGCGCGACGAGUUACGAUUCCUGGGCUCCGGGGAGGUGGUAAACUCGCUUUAUGGGGAGCCCGUGAGCAACAUCUUGUAUAUUUGGCCGAUUCAGAUCAAUGUGACCGAGGAUCCCGACUAUCACCAAACUUUCCCGGCAGCCCUGGCGGAAGCCGAGAAUACUGCGGAGGGCCUCUGUAA